AUGUACCAGCAGAACGCAACUUGGGCUGUUACACAGGAGAAGCAACUUAGACUGUUUGCUGCCGACCCGGAUCAGAAGCGUCUUCGCUUCAAACCUAUGCCCCGUAACCUGCGCAAGUUUAUUCACUACCUUGCUGAGGAUUUCGGCAUGGACUCUGAGAGCAUGGAUCCGGAGCCGCAUCGACAUGUUGCCAUCUUCAAGACCCCAAAGUUCGUCAUGGCGCCUAUGCGGACACUCGCAGACUGCGCUAGAAGUCGUCAAAUCCAACAGCGUCUUGCCCCUACGCCAGCGCCAGUAACGACUUCGGCCGCUCCCUUGCGUCCUAAGCCCAGCAACACUAACGGAGAUCCCUACAACGCGUUCAUUAUCCUGAGCCCACGCUUUGCACUUACCAUUGAAGAGCUCAACCCUAUCAUCAAGAGCGUACUUGCUACAACAUCCUUCAGAUGUGAACUAGAGGUUACUUUCCUCCCUAGCGAAGCAAUCGCAUUGAAGCCACCUCUAGCAGCUCGUCUGAGCAUCCCAGAACAUGACAUGCAGAAAAUGCUCGAGUCGAUCCAGGCACCGCUAACUCAAGCCAUCACGACGCAAGGUAUCGGCAAAAAUGUUCAGCUCGCGCGUCUUGAUUCUUCGCUCAACAUCCUCCGUAAGGAAUCUGACGUAGGUCCUGGCUCGGGUUGGAGUCAAGUCGCAGCCUCAAAGGGUGUUCCGCUUCGCCAGAUCCAGAAGACUACAGGAUUCGGUAACAAGGGUGGCUUUGCGGUCCUGAGCUUGAGCAGCAAGAAGAAGAAACAAAAAGAGCCUGUUGAGGAGGUUGCGGAAAAUUGGGAGGAAGCUGAAGAGGAAGAGGAGCAGAAGGAGAAGGUUAGCGGGGCCAACAGUGCUGCAAUGAGUGAAGACGAAGGGAUAUCGAAGGACACAGGAGAAGCUUCGGACAGUAAGGCAGUCAGCGGCGAGGACGAAGGCGCGCCAAAUGGUGUCUCAGAAGCUUCGAGUAGCAUGCCUGCUAGUGAUGAGAACAACGUCGCACCGAAGGACGAUGUUGCGCUCUCUACUAAGCCACUACUUGGACGCUGGUCAGAGCUGGAUGACGAACUAGAUUAG